CAUGACCACCGAGCAGCGGCGGAACCUGCAAGCCUUCGGCGACUAUGUCAGGAAGAUCCUGGAUCCCACCUACAUCCUGAGCUACAUGACCUCCUGGUUUAGGGAGGAUGAAGUGCAGUGUAUUCAGGCUGAAAGAAACAACAAGGGACCCACGGAGGCUGCCACACUUUUUCUCAAAUACCUGUUGGAGCUCCAGGAGGAAGGCUGGUUCCGUGGAUUUUUGGAUGCCCUAGCCCACGCAGGUUAUUCUGGACUUUAUGAAGCCAUAGAAAGUUGGGAUUUCCAAAAAAUUGAAAAGUUGGAGGAGUAUAGAUUACUUUUAAAGCGUUUGCAACCAGAAUUUAAAACCAGAAUUAAUCCAGAAGAUAUCCUUCCUGAAAUAUCUGAAUGUUUAAUUAAGCAGGAAUGUGAAGAAAUUGUACAGGUUUGCUCCAAUAAAGGGACAAUGGCAGGUGCAGAGAAAAUGGUGGAAUGCCUUCUCAGAUCAGACAAGGAGAACUGGCCCAAAACUUUGACAUUUGCUUUGGAGAAAGAAGAAAGCAGGUUCAGUGAACUGUGGAUUGUGGGAAAAGAUAUAAAAGAUGCUGAAAUGAAAGACCUUGAAGAUGAAAGGUUGGAAACCUCUGAAGUACAAAUUUUCUACCAGGAAGAUCCAGAAUACCAGAAUCUCAGUCAAAAUUCAUGUCUGCCUUCAGAAGAAUCUCAUACUAGCUGGCACAGCCCAUUUAAGCCAAGAAAUUAUCAACUAGAGCUUGCUUUGCCUGCUAAGGAAGGAAAAAACACAAUAAUAUGUGCUCCUACUGGUUGUGGAAAAACCUUUGUUUCACUUCUUAUAUGUGAACAUCACUUCAACAAUUUUCCACAAGGGCAAAAGGGAAAAGUUGUCUUUUUUGCUAAUCAGAUUCCAGUAUAUGAGCAGCAGAAAUCUGUGUUCUCAAAAUAUUUUGAAAGACUUGGGUACAAAGUUACAGGCAUUUCUGGAGCAACAACUGAGAAUAUCCCAGUGAAACAGAUGGUAGAGAACAAUGACAUCAUCAUUUUAACUCCACAGAUUCUUGUAAACAACCUUAAAAAUGGAACAAUUCCAUCACUGUCUAUCUUUACUUUGAUGAUAUUUGAUGAGUGCCAUAACACCAGUAAACAACAUCCAUAUAAUAUGAUCAUGUUUCAUUAUCUAGAUCAGAAACUUGGAGGAUCUUCAGGCCCGCUGCCUCAGGUCAUUGGGCUGACUGCCUCCGUGGGUGUUGGAGAUGCCAAAAACACAGAGGAAGCCAUAGAUUAUAUCUGCAAACUGUGUGCUUCUCUUGAUGCAUCAGUGAUAGCAACAGUCAAAGACAAUUUGGAGGAACUGGAGCAAGUUGUUCAUAAGCCCCAGAAGUUUUUCAGGAAAGUGGAAUCACGGACUACUGACAAAUUUAAAUGCAUCAUGUCUCAGCUGAUGAGGGCUAUAGAAAAUCUGGCAAAGAGCAUCUAUGAAGACAUUGAAAGCCUGUCUCAAAUUAAAAAUAGGGAAUUUGGAACACAGAAAUAUGAACAAUGGAUUGUCACAAUUCAGAAAGAAUGCUCAGUGUUCAAGAUGCCAGACAAAGAUGAAGAAAGCAGGAUUUGUAAAGCGCUGUUUUUGUACACUUCCCAUUUGCGGAAAUAUAAUGAUGCCCUCAUUAUCAAUGAACACGCACGAAUGAAAGAUGCUCUGGAUUACUUGAAACACUUCUUUAGCAAUGUCCGAGCAGCAGGAUUCAAUGAGAUUGAGCAAGAUCUUACUCGGAGAUUUGAAGAAAAGCUGCAGGAACUAGAAAGUAUUUCCAGGGAUCCCAGCAAUGAGAACCCUAAACUUGAAGACCUCUGCUUCGUCUUACAAGAAGAGUAUCACUUCAACCAAGAGACAAAAACGAUUCUCUUUGUGAAAACCAGAGCACUUGUGGAUGCUUUAAAGAAAUGGAUUGAAGAAAAUUCUAAUCUCAGCUUUCUAAAGCCUGGCAUAUUGACCGGACAUGGCAAAACGAAUCAGAACAUAAGAAUGACUCUCCCAGCACAGAAGUGUAUACUGGAUUCAUUCAGAGCCAGUGGAGAUAACAAUAUUCUGAUUGCCACCUCAGUUGCUGAUGAAGGAAUCGACAUUGCUCAGUGCAAUCUUGUCAUCCUGUAUGAGUAUGUGGGAAAUGUCAUCAAAAUGAUCCAAACAAGAGGCAGAGGAAGAGCAAAAGGUAGCAAGUGUUUCCUUCUGACUAGUAAUAAUGAUGUCAUUGAGAAAGAAAAAAUAAACAUAUGCAAAGAAAAAAUGAUGAAUGACUCCAUUUUAAACCUUCAGAAAUGGGAUGAAGCUGUAUUUAAAGAAAAGAUUCUCUAUAUACAGAAUCAGGAAAAACUCCUCAGAGAUAGCCAAGAAAAAGCAAAACCUAUACCUGAUAAGGAAAAUAAAAAACUACUCUGCAGGAAGUGCAAAACCUUGGCGUGUUUUACAGCUGAUAUAAGAGUGGUAGAGGAAAGCCAUUACACUGUGCUUGGAGGUGCUUUUAAGGAAUGCUUUGUGACUAAACCACACCCCAGACCAAAGACAUAUAUGAAUUUUGAGAAAAGAGCAAAGAUAUUCUGUGCCAGACAGGAUUGUUGCCAUGACUGGGGAAUCUUUGUGAAGUAUAAGACAUUUGAGAUUCCAGUUAUAAAAAUUGAAAGUUUUGUAGUGGAAGAUGUUGCAACUGGAAUUCAGAUGCUGUACCCAAAGUGGAAGAAUUUUCAUUUUGAAAAGAUACCAUUUGAUGCUGCAGAAAUGUCCAAAUGA